GUAGAACCCGGAAGUGAAAACCACGACAGAGCCGAGCAGCUCUGACGGUUUUUCCAAAUCAGAAAAAGACGUUUAUAAAGAUGCAGCUUCACUUCACUAAAGAUGUUUUACCGGAUUCUGUCAGCACCGACUUUCAGAACCUCAAUAAGUUCAACGAGCAGCAAUUUCUUCGUCUGAUUGAAAUUCUGUUCCAGUUCCUGCUGGAGCCUAAAGAGACAGAGAGGUUCAUGCAGCAACUUGGUGAGUUUGCAGGGGAACAUGGGAUGAGUGCCGGUCCUUUGAAGAACCUGAUGAAGAGCGUCCUGCUGGUGCCACAAGGCGCCCUGAAGAAAAACCUGACAGCCGAGCAGAUCAAAGAAGACCUUGUAACAUUAGGUCUGAACGAAGACAAGGCGGCUCAUUUUUCAAAGCAGUGGGGAGAGCAUUAUGCAGCACUGUCCAGGCUUGCUGUGGGACAAACCCUGAUGGUCAACCAGCUGGUGGACAUGGAGUGGAAGUUUGGAGUGACUGUCGGCACCAGUGAAGUACAGAAAGUGGGCAACAUCUUCCUGCAGUUGAAGCUGGUGGUCAGAAAGGGGAAUUCCACUGAAAACGUCUACAUGGAGUUGACGCUCCCACAGUUUUACAACUUCCUACACGAGAUGGAGAGAGCCAAGGCCAGCAUGGAGUGUUUCAGCUGAGUGUGUGUGUGUGUGUGAGAGAGAAUGUAAGUGUGUGUGAAUGUAACAGUGUGUGUGUUCAUGUCAGGCUGUCGCUGCAGGGCAGAGUGUGGUAUGUAGUACUUCAUGUUUUGUGUCUGUGUGUGGCACUGACAGCCCCCCCAGUGACUGAAGUUAAAAACAAAAACAAAUCUAAUUUACUGCCAACAUUUCUACUGAAAUCGACUAAUAAACAUGAAUCCAAAACAA